AUGCGAUUUCGAUGGCCUCUAUGCAAUCCCGCCGCCGCAACAUCAUCGCUUACCUGGACAUUCAAGCUUUCAAGCCCUCAGCGCAUUACAACGUCUUUCCGAUGUUCGCCUUUUCGUGCCACCGCUCACGCCUACACCAUCAUCGCUUCCUCCGACAUAACGCUCAGCGCAUUACAAUCUAGGCGAGCCAUCCAUUCCCGUCUCCAACUCAGAUAUCGCCACGGUCACAUCUCCUAUUGCGUGGGUGGCCUCGAGCCUAAGCGUAGUAAAGUAGCCGCGUCCCUUGCCUGGCAGCGUCCAUACGACGGCGAUUUUUUCUUUGAGCGUGGCGUUACAUUGGGCGGGCUCAUGCGCUUGUUUCAACUCACAAGCGUCCUUCGGGAUCACCAGCUCAUCUUUUCACAAGCACAAUACACUCGGCGGGUACCCUUUCAUUCGCAGAACAACCAAUCCCCACGCCACACAUGUCCUAAAGCAUCCUGGGUACUGGUGUUACCCGGGUGUGGAAAGUCGCACCUUCACGGGGGCGUCUCGGGCAUCAUCUCACCGGACGUGGCACCGCUGACAACGGUGAAGCGGCGGUUGGUUGUUUCUGCUUUUGAACUGGGUACUCAGCAUGGGGGUGCUUUUACUCUGGGAGUUAAUCUUCGGGACCUCAGCUCAUGUUUCCAGUAUACGUGCUUUUUUGUCCCUUGA